AUGGAACUAGGGGCUUUUGUCGAGACGGAUGGCGCACACGAGUCCACAAGCCCAGCCCCCACAAACAAGGCCUCGCCCUCGUUCGAGCCCCCCCACAGCGCCCGCAGCCACGCCUCUUCGGUCUCGUCCGUGUCCACGCCGCUCCCCAAACGCAGAAUCUCGGUCGACAUCCCCCGCCUCCCGGACGAUAACGCGUACGAGGUGAUCAGCAACACCUCGUCCCUGCGCACCUCCGCAAUGGCCAUUCCCGAGCGGCCGCGGCCUUCUGGGGCGUCCAACUUGUCCACGAGCACCACAUCGUCCACAGCCUCGAUCCCGCUUCGAAUUAAGAAGUCCACGCCCGCAAACCCAGAGACAACAAGGACGGACGCCGUUUCUUUGUCGUUCAACCAGGGCGACGGUCUAGCAGACACAGACGGGUCGAUGAACGGCGACGGAGACCAGGGGAGCCAGGAGUCGGCCGCCGAGCAGCCUACCGUGCCCGCGCCGCCGCAGAACGCCACUUUCAUGUCCAGCAUCAAGAGCCUGGCGUCCAUGUCCAGACAGCAGGAGGUAGACACAACGGCCGACACAGUUUCCACGCUGGGCACUCCGAUGCGCAGCCGGUCGGAGGACGACACGAAAGGGGACGUCGAGGACGAAGGCAAGCUCGAGCACGUGGUCAACGGCCACACCGAGAUGCUCAGCUACCGGCGGUCCUCUCGCAGAGCAAAAAGCAGCAGCAUCUCGUCUCUUCCUAAAACGCCGCUCACCGAGGCCUCGAACGACAGCUUUGAGCGGUCGCCAGCAGAGUUCUCCAGCAAGCUCUACACCGACGAGAAGUAUCUGGACACACAGUACCGCUACGCGUCGUUGACGCGGAACGUCGAGUUCCACGAGCUCUUCAAAAACAUCCCGGACAGCGAGCGGCUUCUAGACGACUUCAGCUGCGCACUGAGCCGCGAAAUCCUCCUGCAAGGCCGGCUUUACGUUUCCGAGCACUAUCUCUGCUUCAACUCCAACCUGCUCGGCUGGGUGACCAGUUUGGUCAUUUCCCACGACGAGGUGGUUCACUUUGAGCGCAAGUCGACGGCAGGGCUGUUUCCGAACGGGAUAGUGAUCGAGACAAGAGACGGCAAGCACACCUUUGCGAGCUUUAUCUCGCGCGACUCGACGUUGAACUUCUUAGAGACCGUGUGGUCGAAAUCUGUGGCCCUGAGCAAGGCCAAGAACGAGCAGUCGCGCGCUCUGGAGCAGAUCGAGAGCAAUCUGGCUGCGCCGGCGAUCCAGCAGCUCUCGGAGGACGACGUCUUCACCAUCGACGAGAACGGUCCGUUGAUGGAUGGAGAGACGGAAGAGGAGGUGACCGCGGCUCCCGUGUACAGAAACGAGGGCCCCGACAACCACAGCGCCACAGAGUGCAGCUACGAGCCCGAGGCGCACGGCGAGUCGAUCAUCCUGGACAAAGUUUUCGCUGCGCCGAUGGGCGUGGUGUUCAACGUUCUUUUUGGCGAGAAAAUCACUUUCCAUAAGCACGUCAUGGAGUUGAGCGACGGGUACAAUUUCAGCGACUAUGGCGCGUUCAAAGAGAACGAGAACGAGGAGCUGGUGCGCAAGUUCGAGUACGAGAAAAAGCUCAACAACUCGAUUGGCCCGAAGUCGGCCAAGGUCGAGACCACAGAGCUCAUUCAGCACAAGGACUUCAACGGGUACGUGGAGGUGGUGAGCACUGCGUGCACGCCAAAUGUCCCCAGCGGGACUGCGUUCCACGUUGUCACGAGGUACAUUUUCACGUGGGCCGAGAAUAGCCACACACGGCUGAAAAUAAGCUACAAGAUAGUAUGGACCGGGUCGAGCUGGAUCAAGGGAGUUAUCGAGAAAAGCACCAAGUCGGGACAGCAGAAAACGGCCGACCUGAUCGGCGAAGAGCUCGACAAGAUUCUUCCAGAGAUCCAGACGGGCAGGCCGACGGAGAGCGAGGAGACAGAGCAGAAAGAGGACAUCUCUACGGAGCCGGCCCCAAAGCAGCCUGCGGGAUUCGUUCUCCUUCUGGAGCAACUGGCCGGCAACUGGCUCGCAGUGCUAGUGACCUUUAUUCUGCUGUUGCAGCUAUAUUUCCUGUACCGGAUGAAGUGUCUGAGCGAGAAGGUGGCGGAGAGCAUCGAGCUCAACGUGCAGCUUCUGAGACGCAUCGCGGAGCCCUAG